AUGGAGGAGAUCGAGCGCGUCAUCUUCGCGCGUGGCAACAAGACGCUCGGCAAGACGUUUUGGGCUAUGUCGAUCGUGUUCACCUUCGGUAUCGUCAACUGGAUCCUUAUUCCGUCGCCGAAGGAGGCGAUUGCAAAGGGUAUCAAGCCUGAGGAGGACCGCGACGUUAUGGGGAUGCCACUCGAGACCUUCUUCACCUGGGUGACGGGCGGGUGGGUAGCCGUGUGCGGCGCGAUCGCCGUCGGUGGCCUCUUCAUGAUGUCGCGCUUCGUCUCCCGCCUCUCCCUCGUGCAGCAGAAGGCUGUUGGCGCACCACCUGCCUCGGCGCGCAAGUUCCUGCGCAUGACCACUGCCGUGCAAGGGGCACUGCCGUUCUUCCGCGCCCCCCGCGAGAUCCCCAUCGCUGCUGCGCACGUCGAGCUGCUCCGCGGCCGCAAGACGAUGAAGGGCGGCCGGGAAGUCAACCCUUACCUCAAGCUCGACAUUCGCGACCCCAACGCAAGCGCCGGGCUACGUCUACUCGACCGCGCUGCUACUUACCGCCUUGACUUUAGCGAGAAUGACCUCUCGGAGAAGGGCGAGAUGGUGCUGUCGAUGCAGCGUUUGGAGGACGUGUUUGGCGCGCUCGACUACAGCCAGGGGCGAUGA